CUGCUGGUCUUGCGUGCGGAGGUCGAUUUGUUUAUAUAAAUGCUUGCCUCGCAGAACGUUGCCUGUGAUGUCCCCAACCAUCCUCCUCUUCAUCUUCUUGGCAGUACGUCCCCGUAGUUGAUACCUCCCUUGGACCCGCUGUACAAAGUCAGAACCUCUGUCGAUCUCAGACCACUUGCAAUCAUGGCCCCCAAGACCCUCCUCCUCGCCCUCGGCGCCGCAAACUUUGCCUCUGCUCAUUUUGGUCUCGCGUACCCCUCAUGGCGCGCCGAUACCCUCAGCGGAACGAACCUGACGGGUUACUCGCAGUGGACCUACCCAUGUGCCGGCGUCCCCUACGGAAGAGGCAACGUCACAGACUGGCCCCUCGACGGCGGCUCCAUUGAGCUCGACCUGCAUCACGACUGGACCUACGUCUUCAUCAACCUCGGUCUCGAGUCCGGCGGCAAUGUCACGACGCACAACAUCACCCUCACCCCGCAGUUCUGGAACGCCACCGGCUCCGGCACCCUCUGCGUUGAGAAGCUUGCGCUGCCGACGCCUGCGAAGGAUGGUCAGAGGGGAAGUAUUCAGGUCGUGACUGUCGGCGAGUCUGGGUCUGGACUCUACAACUGCGCUGACAUCCGCUUCACUUCAAACGCCACCACCCUCCCCUCGGACCAGUGCAAGACCGAGGGCGUGACGGUUCACACCAUCCAGGAGCAGAGCGCCAACGGAACCAACAGCACCAGCGGGAACAGCACCAGCAACUCCACCACCGGUGGCGGUUCCAGCGGCGCGGCGGGUAGCGGAGCCCAUAUGCUCGCCCUCUCAUCAGUCGUUGGACUCAGCAUGGCUUUCGUCUUCGGUAUGAGCUUGUAAGACUAUGUACUGGCCACGGAGAACGACACGAGCAGGUGAGGGUACUGCCUUCAUCAGACAUACAUCACGGUCAAGGGACAGCAUGAGAUAUGCGUUUGUGCUUCUAAUGUACAUGAAUGCUUGAUACCAGUUCAUCCUCUGGAUGACCGAUAUGAUAAUGAAAAGGAAA